GCUGUUUCUUUCGAACUUAUUGUUGUGAUUGCGAACCGACUGACUGACGCCAAAUCCUAGCGGAAAAGCAACAGUUGAAAAACAUUUUUGCUAAAUCUGCAAUUAUGUCUCUCAAUAGAACUCCGUCGUUUAGCUUGAUUAUUGACCAAAACCCUGGAAUGGUUUCGCGUAGCAAUAGUCAGUCCUUGAUUCUGGACUCUUUUGAGGAAUACUUAGAUUUGUAUCCCAUCUUAAGCAAUGAGAGCUCUGCGGCGCCACCGGUGAGAUACUUCAGCAGUGGAAUGCUGAGAUCCUCAAACAGUGGAGGCCCCACCUUGCUGCAAAGUUUCGUGGCCAGUGGACUUCCGCAUUUGAUAACGCAGGUCGUCCACACAAACGGAGGAUUCUAUCUCGACAACAACUUGCAGCUUGUCAACAAUUUGGGAAACCUGGCCAACAAUUCCAAUAUAUCAUCAAAAAACAUUGUCGGCAACCGCAAUGAUUCCGACGAUGAUAUCCAGGUGACCAACGAAGCCUCCAUGGGAUCGGCCGAUUCCACAGCGGAGGAUGUGCCGGUCGAUAUUGAACAGGCGGCCAUCGAAUCAGCUGAAUUAACCACCGAACCCAUGGCCUUCCUCCAGGGACUAAACUCCGAGAAUCUGAUGCAGUUCAGCCAGCAAUCCGUGCUACGCGAGAUGAUGCUGCAGGACCUUCCGGGCCAAGUUAAUACACUGCCCAAGCUGGAGAACCACAACAUUGGCGGCUACAAUUUUAGCAUGGUAUUGGAUGAGCCGCCCAAGUCACAUUGGAUGUUCUCGGUGCCGCUUAAUAAGUUGUACAUCCGGAUGAACAAGAUCUUCAACGUGGACGUUCAGUUCAAGGCAAAAAUGCCCAUCCAGCCGCUAAAUCUUCGGGUCUUUCUUUGCUUUAGCAAAGAUGUCAGUGGUCCGGUGCUGCGCUGCCAGAAUCACCUAAGCUUGGAGCCAUUGACCAAUCCGAAGAUACGUGAGAGUUUGCUUCGCUGCGAGAAUCCCAACAGUGUGUAUUGUGGAUCAGCCCAGGGCAAGGGCAUUUCGGAGCGCUAUUCCGUGCUGGUUCCCCUGAACAUGUGUCGAUCUGGCAACCGAAGCGGUGGUCACGUCCGCCAGACCCUGGCCUUUAAGUUUGUGUGCCAAAAUUCAUGCUUUGGCCGGAAGGAAACCAAUUUGGUUUUUUGUCUGGAGAACGCGAGUGGUGAUAUCGUAGGUCAGCAAGUUAUUGAAGUCAAAAUUUGCACUUGCCCGAAACGUGACCGUAACCAAGAGGAACGCCAAAUAAAUGGCAAGAAGCGCAAGUCCCUAGCGGAUGGCACGGAUGAAGAUGAGCUGGACGUUAAGCCAUCGAAAAUGCGUCGGCGUAAAGGAUCGUUUAAGUCAGAUAUCAAGAAGGAGGAGACGGAGAGCAACGACAGCCACGACAUCGAAUCCGCCGCAGAUUGGAAGGUGUCGCGCACCGAGGAUGGAGAGUACCAUCUGGCCAUAACAUGCCCCAAAAAGGAAUGGCUGCUGCAGGGCAUUGAGGGCAUGAUCAGGGAGGCGGCGACUGGAGUGCUGCGAAAUCCAAACCAAGAGAAUCUGCGCCGCCAUGCCAACAAUUUGUUGAGCCUAAAGAAACGUGCCUGUGAACUGCCAUGACUUCGGAGCUGUUCUACUUUUUGAGUACUUAUUCUUAAGGAACAUAGCACACCGUUGAAAUAUCUUUGCAUCUGUUAGGCAUAGAUUUAGUCGUUUCAUAUUUUUAUCAUUAUCUGUUUGUUAGGAGAGUAACAGUGAUAUUUCUAUACGAAAAGAAAAUGCUUUUAUAUUUUUGAUAAUGUUGUACUGCUAUUAAAUACAAAGCUUUAAAUAUAA